UAAUUAAAAUGACACCCGCGUUUUUAGUUUUCUUAGAUCUUCAUCACUACACUUCACCUCACCCAUGUGACUUGACUUUAUUCAUCAUUUUCUCUCCAUUUUCACACUCUAAUCGCUAUAUUUUCAUUCUUUUAUAGCUUCAGUAAAUCACAGAGAGAGGGAGAAAGUUGAAAGAUUGUUGAUUCAUUGUGUUGUUUAGAGUCCAAAUAUGGCGCGGGUGAAGUGAGUUUUUUUUGUUGGAAACUACAAUGAAGGCUUUUUCCUUCAAUGGGUUUUCGUUUUUGUUGAUAGUUUUUGGUUUUUUACUGUCUUUGAGCUCGAUUUCAGCUUUAUCUUCAACUGGGUCGGUUAAUCACCCCAUCAAGUUUCUUAUAGGAGGUGGAGGAGAAGUGAAUUUGGGUUCAUGGCAAAACAAAGCUACAGAAAUGGCUCCAGCACCAGGGCCUCGAGGUGAUAAUACUCUUAUUCUGGCGGCGAAUAGGACUAAAAGGCCUGAUAUUCUUCGUGGAUUUCAUCGUUAUCACGGUGGUUGGGAUAUUUCGAAUCGGCAUUAUUGGGCUUCGGUUGGCUUCACUGGUGCCACAGGUUUCGUUCUUGCCGCGUUAUGGUUCAUCUCAUUUGGCUUGGCACUUGUGAUUCAUCUGUGUUGUGGAUGGGGGUUUAACAUCAAGGACAAAGGAUCUAAUCGUUCGCAAAGGAUUUGUCUUAUAUUGCUUUUAGUAUUCACCUUUGCUGCAUCGACUGGAUGUAUCCUCCUUUCUGUUGGGCAGAAUAAGUUCCACGGCGAGGCCUUGGAUACCCUCCAUUUUUUUGUCAAUCAAUCAGACUAUGCGGUGGAGACUCUAAGAAAUGUCACAGAGUAUCUCUCCCUUGCAAAAACUAUCAGUGUCAACCAGAUAAUUCUUCCAUCCGAUAUCCUCAAUGAUAUUGAUAAGUUGAAUGUGGAUCUAAACACUGCAGCAGAUACACUUUCUGAGAAGACAAAUGAAAAUUCUGUUAAGAUUAAAAGUGUAUUCAAUUAUGUGCGCUCUGCGUUGUUUGUUAUGGCAGGAGUGAUUCUCGUUUUGGCUUUAACUGGAUUAGUCUUGUCUCUCCUUGGAUAUCAACAUGCAAUCCUCUUAUUUGUUAUCACUGGAUGGUUACUGGUUGCAACCACAUUCAUUCUUUGUGGAGUGUUCAUGAUCCUUAACAAUACAAUUUCUGAUACAUGCAUGGCUAUGGGAGAAUGGGUAGAAAAUCCACACAGAGAAUCUGCUCUUAGCGACGUCCUUCCGUGUGUUGACCAGAGAACCACAAACAAAACACUUAUUCAAAGCAAACAAGUUGUCACCAAUAUUGCAAGUAUUGUCAAUACAGCCAUCUAUACCACUGCAAACGUAAAUGUAACACAAGGUAAUCCCGGUUUUUACAAUCAGUCUGGGCCUUCAAUGCCAACACUAUGCUAUCCCUUUGAUGAUCAACUUCGAGAACGCCAAUGUACAAACCAAGAAGUUUCUUCUGAGAAUGCUUCAAUGGUGUGGAAGAACUAUGUAUGUGAGGUAUCUGAAUCGGGUAUAUGCACUACAGUUGGCAGGGUGACCCCAGAGAUUUACUCGCAGUUAACAGCUGCAGCUAACGAAAGCUAUGCAUUAGAACAUUAUGCACCACUUUUACUUAGCCUUCAGAAUUGCAAUUUUGUCAGGGAUGCAUUCACUGGAAUCACUUCAAGUUACUGUCCUCCAUUAAUUCAUUACCUAAAGGUUAUUAAUGUAGGACUGGGACUCAUUUCAGUUGGUGUUCUGCUCUGCCUUGUUCUAUGGAUACUCUAUGCAAACCGCCCCCAAAGGGGAGAAGUGUUUGCGACACUAUCCUUAGAAAUAAUAAAGAACAGAUUUAACAAGAACCACAACAGCAGAGUUUUAGCAUUGCCAAAUGCAAAUGCAAGUAGUGUAGUCUAGUUUGUAAAAUAGAAAAGUUGUUGAUAAAAGAAGCAAGCCAUUGUUGUAUUACUGAACUCUAUACUAAAGGAAGAAACAAAGGUGGAGCGAAGCUGCCGCCCGAGUUCAAAGACAAUAGCUAGCAAAGCUAGUGUACUAUACAUAUUUUGUCCAUAUAUAUGUAAUACCUGUAAUUUUUGUUUCUACAUUGCCAGCAAAACAUAGAUAAAUAAGUAAAUGUUUUCUUCA